UAUGAGUGCGGUAUUUGUUAUGGUCCUGUAAGCGAACAUGGCGCACAGUGUGUGAGGGAUCUACAUCGUGUCUCGUAUUUUUGAAGUUAUUUAUGAAUAUAAAUUGAAUGUGUUGCCAUGACUGUAGUCAUUGGAUUUGAGGGAAGUGCCAAUAAGAUUGGCAUUGGCAUAAUUAGGGAUGGAGAAGUCCUUUCUAACCCAAGACGCACUUACAUCACUCCGCCUGGCCAAGGGUUUAUGCCCAGUGAUACGGCCAAGCAUCACCGCUCAAUGAUUCUCACAGUUCUUCGAGAGGCAUUGGAUGAGGCUGGGCUGACUCCUGCCGAAAUUGAUUGUGUAGCCUACACAAAAGGCCCGGGCAUGGGUGCCCCUCUUGUGACUGUGGCACUGGUCGCCCGCACGGUGGCCCAGCUGUGGGGAAAACCACUGUUAGGUGUCAAUCACUGCAUUGGGCACAUAGAGAUGGGCCGGCUCAUCACUCAAGCCAACAACCCUACAGUACUUUAUGUCAGUGGGGGCAACACGCAGGUGAUUGCUUACUCUGAACGCCGUUAUAGGAUAUUUGGUGAGACUAUCGAUAUUGCAGUUGGAAAUUGCCUUGAUCGAUUUGCUAGAGUCAUCAAAAUAUCAAAUGAUCCUAGUCCAGGAUACAAUAUUGAACAAAUGGCUAAGAAGGGCUCUCAGUUUGUGGAGCUUCCGUACACUGUAAAGGGAAUGGACGUGUCUUUUUCCGGAAUAUUGUCUUACAUUGAGGAAGCAGCUCAUAAGAUGUUGAGUUCAGGACAGAGCACGGCUGAGGACUUGUGUUUCUCUCUUCAGGAGACGCUGUUCUCCAUGCUGGUGGAGAUCACAGAGAGGGCCAUGGCCCACUGUGGGUCACAGGAAGUGCUCAUCGUUGGAGGCGUCGGCUGUAAUCUGCGUCUGCAAGAGAUGAUGGGUGUCAUGUGUAAAGAGAGAGGAGCCAAGCUCUUUGCCACAGAUGAGCGAUUUUGUAUUGAUAACGGGGCCAUGAUCGCGCAGGCUGGCUGGGAGAUGUUUCGCUCCGGUUACGUCACCGAGUUACCCGACUCCUGGAUCACUCAGAGAUACAGAACAGAUGAGGUGGAGGUCACUUGGAGAGACUGACAUUUGCAUUUCAGCUGUGGAUAAAAAAGAAAUUGUAUAUAGGGGAUGUCUGUCACAGGAAACUGGAUCUAACCGAUAUGCUAGGCUGGGUAAAGACAGAGCAAUGAGAUAUUGUCUGUCAGUAUCAAGCUCUGCAAUUUGUUUUCACCACUCUGAUGUCAUUCUGGAAUAAAUUACUUAUUUUGAAGAA